AUGAUUCCUACUUUCAGAGGUUACAUUGGAUCCACUAAGGACGCGCUUCUUGUGAUCCAAGGUGUUCUCUCUGGUCAACUUUCGGCAGUCCCCAGAAGACCCCACGAUGGCGAAAGAAUAGACCUUAUUGCCUCGGGCAAUGUCUUUGUAUUUAUCGAAGAGAGAUCAGGUAUAAAGAGGUGGACUGACGGUGUUGCUUGGUCUCCAUCGAGAAUACUGGGGAGAUUUCUAGUGUACAGGGAACUUGACAGACAAGCACUCACGAAUUCAAAAGAGAAGGGAUCACGUUUAACGGAGAAGGCAAAGAGAAAGAGAAAAAGCAGCGGCGACUUGAUUAAGGAUUCCAUGGGCAACGAUGCACAGAGACAGCCUAACCGCCAAUUGGUUGGGUCUCUCAUUGCCUCCUAUGCAUUCAAAGAGUCUGGAUUGAUCAAGAAGACCAUGUCCGUCACGGUGAAUCGUGUAGAUUCGAAUCAACGUCCAAGCUCAGAGAUCAUUCACUUGGUUUCGUAUUAUUGUGCUGAUGAUGUUUUGAACGGAGUGUUAGUGCGGCCAUCUGAUUCACCACAGUUGAAGGACUUACAAUUAGCCCCAGAG